AAGCACUUUAUGCUGAAAGUCACCGUAAAAUCUGUUAAUUAAUGAAACAGCACCGUCUGCUGGUAGGAAGAUAACAUGUCAGCUUUCAAUGAUUUACUUAAAUCGACGAAAGUGAAACUUAAAGCUGAUCUCGAGACGCCAUUACAGGGAGAAAGAUCUUUACUAUAAACAGAAGGAGAAUAAUCUGUCAUUCAGAAGGACACCGGUUUGGUGAGUCUUGCUUUCAAAGAUAAUUCACACAUCAGAGCGAAUGGCGGAAAAAUCUGUUCUUUUUGAACGUUUCCUGAACUGCCAUGUGUGUUCAGAGACUUUCAGAGAUCCUGUGUCUCUGAGCUGCAACCACAGCUUCUGUUCCAGCUGCCUGCAGAACUUCUGGGAACAAAGUAAGAACAGAAACUGUCCCAUUUGUAAAAGAAAGACCUCAAAAGAUACAUUAGUGAACUUUGCACUGAAGGAACUGGCUGACUGCUUUGCUGAGAGGCUGAAAGUUGGAUCAUCUGAGACGGAGAAAGGAGAGAAGAAGGUGGAGGUGUUGUGUAGUAAACAUCAAGAAGAGCCUCGAUUGUUCUGUAAGGAUGAAGAUAGAGCUGUGUGUCCUGUCUGUGAGUUUUCUCUCCACCAGAGUCACACGGUGGUUCCUGUAGAACAAGCAGUCAGUGAGCUGAAGGACCAGCUGACAUGUGACUUAGAGUCUCUGCAGGACAAGAGGGACAAACACAAACAAGUGGAGGACACAUACAACAAAGUGAUUCAAGAGUCCAAGAAGCAGCUGUUGUCCACAGAGAGGAAGAUCAGAGCAGAGUUCAACAAGCUCCACCAGUUCCUGAAAGAGGAAGAGGAGUCCAGACUGGCAGCUCUGAGGGAGGAAGAGGAGCAGAAGGGGAAGACUAUCAGCAGAGAGAUGAAGAUGAUUCAGGAGCAGAUCUCCUCUCUGUCACACAGUAUCUCUGCUGUUGAAGAAGACCUGCAGAAACACAAGGUGCCAUUCCUCAGCAGUUAUAAAGCCACUCAGACCAGAGCCAGAGUCCAGUGCUCACUGUCAGAUCCACAGCUGCUCUCAGGAGCGCUGAUAGAUGUGGCCAAACACCUGGGCAACCUGUCCUUCAGAGUCUGGGAGAAGAUGAAGGAGAAGGUCCACUUCAGUCCUGUCCUUCUGGACCCAAACACUGCAUCCCGCUGGCUCUAUCUGUCUGAUGAUCUGACCAGUGUGAGACAUGGAGACACACACCAGCAGCUUCCUGAUAAUCCAGAGAGAUGCACUAAGUAUGCUGAUGUUCUGGGCUCUGAGGGCUUCAGCUCAGGGAAACACAGCUGGGAGGUGGAGGUGGGAGAUCAUCCUGUCUGGUUAAUAGGUUUGGUUAAAGAGUCAGUUGACAGGAAGGGAAAGAUAUACUGUUCACCAAAAUAUGGAAUCUGGUGUUUAGUACAUCGCAGUGGGGAAUACACUAAUGGUGAUGGUGAGACUGUCAGAGUGAAGAAGAAUCUCCAGAGGAUCAGAGUCCAGCUGGACUAUGACAGGGGGGAGGUUUCCUUCUCCGACCCUGAAGACAUGACUCACAUCUACACUCACAGAGACACUUUCACUGAGAAACUCUUCCCAUGGUUCAGUAUUGGAAAAGCUGGUGAAGCUAAAACUGCUGAUAUCAAAAUGUGUCCCACUGAGAUUUCUCUGUGACGUUCAGGGAGGGUGGUGACGUCUCAGUGAUUUAUUAGGAUUGUUAUGCUGGAGGUGGUUUUUUGUCAGUUACAGAUAAUUCCAGUUAAAUGUUUAUAGAUGAGAAUGGUGUAAUUGUAAAGUACAUGAAGAAAAUGUAGAGAUGCAGGUUAAAGAAAGAAUGAGAUGUGAUCUCUUUCAGCAGGUCACAUGAUGGAUCACGUUCCUUGAUUGUUGUAUAAUAUACAAUAUAUUUCCACAGCACAGAAUGAGAAACUAAAGCAUAAAUGUCGGCAGAAUUAUGUGUUGGUGGUGUAAAUGUGCUGCAAGAACUGGGACGAGUAGAUUCCAUGUGUUCAUCUUAUUGUACUUAUAUCUACAAAUGUUAUUUUCCCAGACAUGAGAAACAACCUUUUGUAUCUUAAUACAGUCAUAUUGUUUCUCCAGUGUUUUGAUAAAACGUCAGGUCUUACUGUGCACAAUGUAAGAACAGUGAAUGUUAGUGUAAUAAUUCACCUGUGAUUUGUUGAGCGUGUGUGACUGUCGACAUAUUCUAUAUAUUAUUUCAGUUUAUCCAUAACAAUAAAUAAAUCUUCUUUAUUUGUGCUUCUUUGACUGUAGAAGAUUCUACAGGAAUAACCUGAUGAAGUUUAUAUUGUUCUUCAAUGUUUAAUCCAUAUUAGAGGAGCCCAGAAUGGCAAGAAAAUCAGACAUCAAAUAUUGACUUUAAGAUUGUGUGCAUUUGGGCUGCGACUAAAUAUUAUUUCUGUUAUCAAAUAAUGUGUUGAUUGUUUUAAUCAAAAUAUCUUUAAAGUGUGAAAAAUGCCAAAUAAAAACAUCAAAAUGUCAAAUUUGAGCAAAUGUUUGGAUUUGUUACCUGAUGAAUGAUUUAAAGGAUUGAUGUUUUAAAUCGGCAGCGAUAUGUAUUAGUAAGUACAGCUGGCAGUUCAUUAAACAAUGUAACAAGAAGUGUCAUUUCUAAUAAUAUGUAUUAAAAUGUUGAGUGCAAA